UCUCGAGCUCAUACGUCACACGGGUCCAAGGAGCGCCAGUAAACGUAAAAGCUACCGCGCUCACUCCGCCGAAACCCUUCCCUCCAGUGUUGUUAAUUCUCUUUAGACAGUUUCGCUGACUGGACGGAGAACGCCUUGACAAAGGUACAGGUUGAUUUGUGUUCAAAGUUGGAUUACAGCGGAGCCACUUUACCUGAGUACGCUGCUCAGAUGAUGAGCAGCUGUCAAGGACACAUUUGUGAAAGAAGCGGAAUCCCGAGCAGUUAAAGGCUGUGUGGCCAGUGUAGAUAAGGCCUCUUAUGAGGUGAAAACCCUUCUGCAUCCUGCAGUAUCCUCUCCCAGCACCAACAGCAGGAACAAGGGAUGUCACGACUGUUCCUCUUUUUGGCAAUACUCAUUGUCUCCUGCAGCAUCCAGGGGUCUCCUGCUGCUUUCCUGGAUAAGCUGAAGGAAAGUUGGAAAUUGUAUAUGGAAGAGUGUGAACACAACAUCAGCCAAGUCCCCAUAAGCACAGGCCUUGUGUGCAACAGGACGUUUGACAGUUAUGCCUGUUGGCCUGAUGGACUCCCCAACACCACUGUCAGUGUGUCAUGCCCAUGGUAUUUGCCAUGGUAUCACAAAGUACAGCACGGCAUGGUUUAUCAGGAAUGUGAUACAAGUGGCCAGUGGGUACCUAUGAAGAAUACCAGUGAGUGUGAUUCUCAUGAUCCAAAUCAGCCAUUCUAUGGUCAUAUUCGGAUCAUGUACACAGUUGGCUAUUCCUUGUCCUUCGUGGCUUUGGUAUUGGCUCUUGGCAUUCUCAUUUGCUUCAGGAAACUGCACUGCAUGAGGAACAACAUCCACAUGAAUCUGUUUGCCUCCUUCAUCCUACGAGCACUGUCUAUACUUAUCAAAGAUGCUCUUUUAGAGGCUAACCACACAUCGCAGGACCUCAGCAGAGAUCAGGAGCAGGCAUUCUCUCGAGCAUCUAUUCAUCCAGUGGAGAUGCUGGCUGACAAUGCGACAACAGUUAGCUGUCGUGUUGCUGUGGUGAUGAUGCAGUACAGUAUUAUGGCCAAUAGCUACUGGUUGCUGGUAGAAGGCAUCUACCUCCACAACCUUCUGGUCAUUACUGUGUUUACAGAGAGGAACUACUUCAAAAUCUACCUGUGCAUUGGUUGGGGUACCCCAUUAAUAUUCCUUGUUCCAUGGGUGAUGACUAAAUACCUAUAUGAGAAUCAAGAGUGCUGGGGACAAAACAUAAAUAUGAACUACUGGUGGAUAAUCCGCUCCCCAAUUCUGCUAGCUGUUGUGAUCAAUUUCCUUAUCUUUAUCCAUAUCAUCAAAAUCCUCGUGUCAAAACUUCAAGCACACCAGAUGAGAUACACAGACUAUAAGUUCAGGUUGGCAAAGUCAACUCUGACCCUGAUCCCACUGCUGGGUAUCCAUCAGGUGGUCUUUAUCUUUGUCACAGACGAAUCCACCAAGGCUACCAUCAGUUUGCGUCUCACCAAGCUAUUCAUGGACCUCUUCUUCUCUUCCUUCCAGGGUCUCCUGGUGGCCAUCUUGUAUUGCUUUGUCAACAAAGAAGUGCAGUCUGAGAUUCUGAAGAAGUGGAAGCGCUGGAAGCUUGGAAGGAACAUCGAAGAGGAGUACCGCCACACCUACAGCAAUACCCCCAACACAAAGACAAGCAGCUUGUUGAACCACGUCUCUCGACUGCCUCACCUCCCGGAUAUUGCAAAAACUUCUGCCCCAAUUGGCAGCGCUGAGGAAAGACACAUGCUGGUUACUGGCUGCCACAAUGGUAUGGUUCACAGUCAGGAGGCUGCCAAGUGUGUCUACCCACUGAACGAGGGAGCUAUCAGCAACUGCACCACAGUGGAAGAUAUCAGAAUUACAGACAAGGUCCAGUGCUGUGAGGUGCAGAGAGAGAACAUGGAGAGCCACGUGUGAGAGGCACUGGGAAUUUGGAAUUUGGAUGAUGAAAGUUGGAUGAGUUUGAGACUGCCCUAGUUGGCUUUGAAGACUGGGACUAAUUGAGUCACUUGUCAGAGCAGCCCUCAGAGACCAGUGUCACUGGGAGACACCAGCACUUGGCCUUCUCCACAACCUUAGAAAGGAGAACAAUAAGGCAUCCAAACAGAGAUAUGCCAUGAGUCUUUUAAAUGGAUUUCUCUAGAUGUUUGUCAGACGGUAAAAGAAGCUGUGUUGUGUUGAAAGGUUGUGCAGGAUCUCCGGACAUAUAAGCCAUGUAAAAUAAUAAGUAAAAACAAACAGAAAACCUCAUCAACAAUAGAAAGAAACCAGAACAACAAAAGACACAGGGUCCUAUCACGAGCUUCUGCUUUUAUUUGUGACAUAUCAAAUGCGCAUUUUGUGGUACUAGAGGUUAAAUUCAAACUGAAAACUGAACUAUGUACAGAAAAAUGACCAAGAAAAUGACACAGACAAGGAUGGCAGUGACAGUGAAUUAUUUUUUAUAAGCCUUUUCUCUGAUACGUGGUAAUGGUUUUCUCGUCUGUACUGACUUUGAUGAAAAUAUACAGAAAAGGAGGAAUCAUUUUGUUGACUGUGCCUCAUACAGUAAGGAAACCCCAUGGGAAAAUUGGCAGCUGAUUCCUCCUCACCCUUUCUGGCUUACAUAUAGACAUUAAAAGAUGACAAGAUGUUGUAUGUGAUGUAUUAUAAAUUAACUAAGUGAUCAUCACUUGACUUACUUAUGUGUUUAUUACCUUUAUAUAUACAUAUAUGUACACAUAUGUGUGUGUGUGUGUAUAUAUAUAGGUCAGUCCUUAAAUGAUGCUACAGUUGUGACUUAAACGUGUCCAUCGUGUUUUCAAGGGUACAAAUAGCAUUUCUAUGCCACUUUAUGUGUUUUCUUUUUCUCUUGCCAUGAAGUUGUCUGACUCAUGCACCUCAGUAUCCCGUAUGAACAUCUACAGAGUAUCCCACUCAGCCCUUAAGGUGAAAGUUGUUAAGGAAAACUGAGGACUCAAAUCAUGGAUAAAAAUACACAACAUAUAGAUGUGGCUUGUAAAGGCAUGCAUGCAUAAAGUAUGAAUUCACCAACAUCACUCAAAAUAGCAUGUCUCCUCUGGGACAAGGGUGUUUGUGCAUUGCUAUGUGUGAGCUGUCAUGCAUGAAGGUUGCACUGCUUUAUUGGGCUUAAGUUUGAAGUUGUGUGACUCAUUCGCCAGGGACGUGUGCCAUACAGCUCCAUCACAGCGGUAUUCCCACUAUGCAAAAAAGAAGAAAAAGAAAAGCCUGCGUUAAUGACUGAUGGCACACAGUGUUUAACAUGCAACCUGACCCUGUGUUUGCAGGAGCUGCGGGCACAUUGAACAAAAAUUUGCAUAAAAAAGGUGAAACAAAGGCAUGCGUUUUAAUGGGAAACAAAGCUGCAUAGGCAGUGGUAUAGUUGCUUGCUUCGAAUACACCGCAUUUAUUUUCAAACAAGGAAAACUUCCUCCUGAGCACCAAUUGCUCUUUCAGUUGCUCCAACAACUUUACUUUGUCUGUAUGACUAUUUGCACAGUGUUAAUUUAUAAUUGGUUAUAACUGAUACACAUAUAUGUGUGUGUGUGUGUGUGUGUGUGUGUGUGUCUGUGUGUGUAUUUUAUUUCACAGCAGUUAAUCUAUUACAUUUCUGUCUGUAUGUUUGUGUAUGUGUGAGUGCAUGGUGUUUGCAAGUGUAUUUUCCAGGGUGUGUGUAGUUUUCUAAUUAUUGCCUGCAGCCAGGAGGGCAAGGGUGUGAUUUAAAGCAGUGUUACUGGCUUUGUACCCAGCUUCGAGGUCAGAGGUCAUCAUGAGUCAGUCCCUUCCCCAGCAUACACAAUAUAGCAACACAGCACAUUUCCACACAUCAGCUUAUAUUAGACACAAGGAAGAUGCAACUCUGUGUUUUACUACGGAAACUACUCCGAUCCUCGCUGUAAUUUUUCAGUAGUAGUAGUGUAGAGUGGAGCACAGUUUGUUUAGUCUCUGCAUUUCCACUUCGUUCAGAUAUCGCUGAAGAAUUGUCCAAGAAAAUUACAGGCCGUGGCAGGAAAAUGUUUGGAUAGUCACACAGUAAUGAAAUAAUGCUGUACACAUUGGGUAAAAGCAGAAGUAUAUUGUCCAUUUUAUUUCCAGCUAAUAACUUGACUGUGACUAUAGCCAUGUAUGUAUUUGAAGCCAGCAGCUUGGGCCUUCCUGGAUCAAAGUGGAUCUGUCUGAAUGUAUUCUCUGAAAGGCCCAAAUUAGUAUGUUUAUUUUUUAUUUUCUCUGCAAGGUUAUUAUGUACAGUAUAUUUGAUGUAAUGAACCAGUCAGUAAAACUGUGUUCAGUUGUAUAUAGCUAAACAUACGUUGUGUCAGCUUUGUGCAAAAGGUGAAAGAAUAAAUGACAUGUGUGAAAGAUUA